AAUACCUUCUUUAUCCCUCUUCUCUCUUCUUGAAUACAACUUACCUACAAACACAAGUAUAAAGUAUUUUGUAUCUAUCAAUCCAACAAAAAUAAUAAAGGAGUGUGUUGGAGGGUCUAUUCUCUAUCUAUAAAUAGGUAUACUCAUCUCUAGGGCAACCCAUUUCCAUUUUCUACAACUCUCCUUUGCAAAAAAAAAAAAAAAUUUAUUUAAAAAAGAAGAGAAGAUAGUCUUGUGACCAUCCCUUUUCCUUAGGUUUCCCUAUCAAUUUAUUGAGCAAAAAAUCAAAGCAUAUGCAACCGCUUUGGAAGAUGAUGGUUUUCCCUAAUCAAGAAUCUGAAGAAGGGUCUUCCCAAAGAAAAAUGGGAAGAGGAAAGAUUGAGAUUAAGAGGAUCGAAAACACGACUAAUCGCCAAGUCACUUUUUGUAAGCGCCGCAAUGGAUUACUCAAGAAGGCCUAUGAAUUAUCGGUGUUAUGUGACGCCGAAGUCGCCCUUAUCGUCUUCUCAAGCCGCGGCCGGCUUUACGAGUACGCCAACAACAGUGUUAGGGCAACAAUUGAAAGGUACAAGAAAGCAUGUAGUGAUGUCCCAAAUACUGGAUCUGUUUCUGAAGCUAAUACUCAAUUUUACCAGCAAGAAUCGACCAAGCUGCGUCGACAAAUCAAGGACAUACAGAAUUCAAACAGGCACAUUUUGGGAGAAGCUCUCAGCUCUUUAACUUUUAAGGAACUCAAGAAUCUGGAGAGCAGAUUGGAGAAGGCCAUUAGUCGGGUUCGAUCAAAAAAGAAUGAAUUGUUGUUUGCGGAGAUCGAGCACAUGCAAAAAAGGGAGAUUGAGCUGCAAAAUGCUAACAUGUAUCUGCGGGCAAAGAUAGCUGAGAAUGAGAGAGCACAACAGCAAGAGCAAGAGCAAGAGCAAAUGAAUUUGAUGCCAGCAGGAGGUGGAGGCGGUGGUGGUAUGGGGGCUUAUGAUGCUCGAAACUUCUUUCCUGUAAAUCUCCUCGAACCUUCUCCUCCCCCUCCGAAUCAUCACUACUCUUGCCACGACCAAACACAACUCCAACUAGUUUGAUGAUAUUGAGAGAGAGGCCUUUUGAUCAAGUGUUCUGUAUCUGCCCUUGAAUGUUUAAUCUAGAAUCAGAACUAUAUUUAUUUUUGUUAAAAUACAUAUAUAUAUAUAUAUAUAUAUAAGGGGCAAUUAAAUAUUCCAACUCCAAAGCCAAGUAAAAUGCAGGUACUUGGUGUUAGUUUGUAAAAGUGAUUCUCUAAUUGCACUAUUUUAUAGAAUUGUGGAUAGAGAUAAUAAUGGUCCCGUUUGG